AAUUCAUCUAAUCAAGAUGCCCAAACUCAAAGUCAAAGAUCUAUUGCUCAACAAGUGAGAAGAGAAUGUGAGAGAAUUGAUAGAGCUACUAAUCAAAGAGAAACUGCUCUAUCUAACCAAGACACGCAAACUCAAAGUCAAAGAUCCAUUAUUCAACAAGUGAGAAGAGAAGGUGAAAGAAUAGAGAGUGCCACUAAUCGAAGAGUAAUUGCUCAACAGCAAUGA